CAAAAGAAUUAAAAUUCAACAACGGCGCUCGAUUUCUUCAUAAUUAAUUAAUGAUGUUGAAAUUACACGAGUGUAAUUAUGCUAAAGUUUGUUAACAGUAAGAACUUAGGUGGUUAGGUUACAAAGAGCAAAUCAUAUUCGUCAUCUUUUGAAUUUUGUGUAGCUUAGUUAGGUUAAAAGAUGGUAAGUCAUUUUUUGGUCAUCUUUGAAUUUUGGGAGUUGCUUAUUGAAGACGUGAUUAAUGAUAACAAUUAAAGCAAAAGAAAAUAAGGAAACGAGAUUAUGACGCUCCACCAACAAUUGGAUAGGUGUAGGAGGAGCCCAUCACGAAAGAGAAAAGCCAACAUAAAUAAAAACUCAUAUCUAAUUCGAGUGACCAAUUAUCUGUAACCACGUUAAAGUUAUUAUCUUUUACGUUUGAGAAAUACAACUCGAUCGUGACUAGGGAGUGGAAACAUGUAUUUUUAGACAAACGAAACUGAGCUUACUAUAUUAUUUUUUAAAAAUAACUUUAACACUUACUAUUCAGCUAAAGCUUCAUCUGUCGGUCACAUAUAUAGUAGAUAAUAUUUCUAACCUAAAGGGUGGUUUCUACAAGUUUGCAUCGGCACAUAAAAGCAAAAGAGACAGAAAAAAAAAGAGAGGAAGAGUUUCUUUCAUCAUCCUCAUCAUCAAAAAUAAUCAUGGCCUAUGGAGACAGCAGAUCAGGACCGUCCAUCUUGGAUUCAUUCUCGCUCUCGCCUCUACCGUACCCGGUCCUUCUAAUCUUAGCCGUGGCUUCGGUGUUCCUAAUGACAUCAUGGUACUGGAGCUUUGAAGAUGCAGCAGAAUCCGCGGGAGAGCAGAUGAAUCUUGCUCUUCUCUUGAUCCCUCUCCUUCUCAUAGUCUUGGUUAGGUGGUUAUCCACCGUGGAGAAUCCAGACGCGUUUCUAGGGAUGUUUUCAAACCGUCGUCAGACGUACGGGAGUCCCAGCGCCGGGGAUGAAGGCGGAAGCUCGCCGUGGGGAGUGGCGGCGAUUAUAGUUCUGUUGCUUGUUUUGCUUCAGUAUCAAUCAAGUUUCUUGGAGAUGUGGUUUGGUUGAUUUAAGUGUAGUUCUUUUUUUCUUUUCUUUUUAUGUUUUUGUCGUUUAUUUUAGUGCAAUAUAUAAAAUGAUUUUCAGAAUUUUAA